GUUUCCAUUGGAGUUUACUGAAUAAUGCACAAGAAAACAAUCUUUGAAAGGUUCAAACGAUCCUCUUUUCACCGUCGAGACAACAGUAAAAGGACACACAUCUAAAGUCCAUCUAUUGACUAGCGUUUUACCCAUGAGCCCAGUCCAACGGAUACUCAUCCCAUUAUGACAGCUAGAUACCCUUCCCCAUGUACUAUACAGGAUGACAAUGGAAGCGUCGUCAGUGAUACCGAGUCGGUGUCCUCUAUUUCUAGCAGUACCACAGGAAAACAAAAAAGGCCUAGGAACAGAAACAAAGGGGAAAAUGUGCAGCUCUUCGGCCCUAAACUUACAGUACAGGAACUAAAUCAACUGAAACGAGAUGAAAGGAACUUGGCGAUUGCAAUGAGAGCUCGGAAACCACUCUUGGAAACACUGCUUCUUGACGAUGACAUAGGGGGUGAGAUUAUGGCAGGUCUUCUUGAUGUUCUUAUCUCAGUAUCGAAGAUAGGAGGUGAUGAUGCAAAGGAGGUGUAUCGAUUCUUAGCAAGCAACCAAUUCAUCAAGGUUCACCUGCUUUUGCUCGUCUUGAAGUACAGGAUGAAGCCUGAGCUGUGUUCUAAUGGGAAUAUUCUCCUGAAAGCCAUAAAUGUGUUGGUGGCAUUCAAGAAGCUUCGAUGCGGAAGUAACGAGAGCUUAAAGAUGGUUGCAGCAGUGAUCCACGAUACAAUUAAGUAUGGACUGGAUAUUCCCCAAAGGAAAGGAUAUGAACAAGGGCUCAAUGAUGUCAGGAUGAUACUUGAUAAAGGAAAAGAUGGUCAAGAAGAAUCAACGGUAGACAUGCGUUCCAUUCCCAUAUUUCCUACUGCAGGAGAGGUAGCUGACACAGAUGAUUCAAGACUUCAUGAUGCACUAGCUGAUCAGGGCCAUUCCGUUAAAACAUAUUUGGAAUGCCACUUUCGACUUCUGAGGGAAGACAUUGUGCAACCCCUUCGUGCAGUGAUCUCCAAGUAUCACCAAGUAAAGAGAGAAAUCGGGCUAGAUGCGACGAAGAGGAAAUGCCAUAUCAUCGAUGAUGUCAAGUUGUAUGAAAUCAUCACGACGCAUACGUCUAAAGGUGUGACCUUUCGCGUUCAGUUUAACACCUCUUCUCUCAAUAAUGUGUCCUGGGAAACCACAAGGAUCCUUUCCUUCGGGAAUAUGGUUUGUCUGACCAACAACCAUUUUCAUGACAUGGUUUUUGCCACAGUGGCCAAGCGUGACCCACAAUGGUUGAAGAAGGGAUUCGUAGAUCUUCGACUCCUUAGGUUAGAAGAUACUAAAUUGCUAAUGUCGGGUGUUCAGUUCUUCAUGUUCGAUUCUCGAAAAUAUGUCGAAGAAUCAUACGAGGUACUAGAUGCAAUGCAGAAAAUCAAUAGCGCUUCCCUUCCUUUGGUACCACAUGUUGUCUACAAAGUGGCUGAAAAUGAGCUUUCUUGUCACCUAAAGAAAGAUCCUGAAACACAAUACGAUGUUGGUUCCUUGAUAAAAGAUGAAUACACUACAACGCGAUCAAAGCCUAGAACAUGGAGAGCAUCUCUGCAACAAAUUGAGAACUGGCCUCCAAUUGAUCAGCUAUGUGUCGAUGAGUAUCAAUUAUCCGCUAUCCAGGCCGCUCUAAAGAAUCAGUUGACCGUCAUCACUGGCGCGCCAGGCACAGGCAAAACACAUGUAGGUCUCAAGCUUACACAGCUUUUUGUUCUAAACAAGGAUCGGUGGGGUAAUACCAGAGAAAGAAAUGGUAGUGGACCACUUCUUUUCAUGUGUGCCAGUAAAGCUACCCUUGAUGAAUAUCUGACUGGGGUGUCAUUCUUUCAACGCACUGGAAUAGUCCGAUGGGCCGGUCAGCAUACAAGAAAAGCACUUCAAGAAUAUCAACUUGAACAUCUUCGUGAAAAACAGUCUGUUUCAACAGCUUAUGAAGAUCAGUUAUCAACUGAAAAACUGGAAGCAUGCAAGACCAGACUUGGGGAUGUACAAGCCAAUCUUCAAAAUCUUCAAACGAAGAUAUUCGCGGAAGAGAUCCUUAAAGUCGUCAUUGAUGGAAAACACUUCCGGAAGCUUAAAUCCAUGAAAAAGGAGAAAUCACAUGGAGUUGUUUUUGAGUGGCUUUUGUCAGACAAAGCCCAAACCGAUGAUCUUCAAAAGCUUGAGGAAAAUAUUCCAUUCAAUUUGACACGGUUUGUAUGUCCCGAUGGAGAUGAAGGUGGAUGGUUUGAGCAGAAUCUUCCAUUCGGGUUAGAUCCAUUAGACCAACGCAUAUCAGAACAAGCAAGGAACUUUGUAAGUAAGCAACUUGGCUCCAAGGACAUGAUGACAGAUUCCGAAUCCAAGAAGAUAGAAGAUGUGUGGAAACUGCCCCUACAGGACCGAUGGAGGAUGUACCGAUUAUGGGCUUCCAAACUAGAAGCCAGAGGCCGCCAGAGAGCUGCAACUAUCUUCAAGGAAAUGGAAGAUAUCUGCCUUAAUUGUCAGAAGAUGCAUGAUGCCGUAGAUGAAACUAUUCUGAGUGCUUCAUCUGUCAUAGGCAUGACUACUUCAUCGGCAGCCAAGAACCAAAGGGUUUUACAACGUAUCAGCCCUCGAGUCAUUAUCAUUGAAGAAGGAGCUGAUGUUCUUCAGUCAAUCACAACUGUUGUCAUCUCAUCUGGCUGCCAACAGCUUAUCCUCAUUGGAGAAAGUGUCCCAAAGGUAGACCAAUUUCAGGCAGUCAGGAAGGUAGCAGAAAUUCAUGGCAUCCACGCUUCUCUCCUGCAACAGUUAGUCGACGCUAAUUACUCCGUGUAUGAACUAAAAAAGCAGCAUCGAAUGAGUCCAAUUACAUCCAAGCUCAGCCGUCAGCUAUUCAAGUAUGAAUAUGACCAUGAUCAGUCUGUCAUUGAGAAGCCAUCAGUUAACGGAAUUCAACAGAAUGUGUUUCUCAUAGAUCACAACGCACGUACGUCUGUGGCAAACUACGAAGCUUCAUUUUUAAUGGAACUUUUCAGUUAUCUGAUCGGUAAGGGCUUCGUACGGAAACAGAUCUCGAUCCUCAUCUCAUUUUCUUCACAGCAAGAUCUCUUCAGCAAAGACGUCAGAGACCGAAUUCUUACUGUUGAUAACUUCAGAGGCGGGAAUGACAUCGUCUUGUUCAUGAGUAACGCAAGCGAAAGGGCGAGCAGGCCUGGAUGUCUGCUUUUGGAUCAACGUAUUGCCAAGGUGUUAAGCAGCGCGAGAAGAGGCCUGUACAUCAUUGGGAAUUUCUCGUUCCUGUCAAGCCAGUCUCCUAUGUGGGGUAGGAUUGUAAAAGAAGCACGACGACUUGAAUGGGUUGAUCGCUCUCUUAAGUUAACAUGCCCUAAUCACCCGGAUAAUCCGAUCAGCGUUUCUUCGGUAGAUGGAUUUCUGCAGCUAAAAGAGAAGAGUGGUUGUGGACUACCAUGUCAAGCUCGUCUGGAUUGUGGGCACGGAUGUAAGGAACUCUGUCAUGACCAUGACAUUGCACGAGGAAGAGCCAUCUGUAGACAGCCUUGCAACAAGACCAUCUGUGAAAAUGAUCACAAAUGCACCAGGACCUGCUCAGAACCUUGUGACACCAAGUGCAAGGAGAUGAUGGACAAAAAGCUACCUUGCGGCCACUUCCAACGCCUCCCAUGUCGUCUCUCCCCAAGCCAUGCUACAUGCAGAGAUAAGUGUGAACGGUUGCUCAGCUGCGGUCACAAGUGCACUGGAAUUUGUGGAAACCCAUGCAAACAGGAUUCUUGUGUUGAGAAAACGACGAAAUCCAACUGGCCUUGCAAGCACGUUGUAGAGGUGCGUUGUUGUGAUGGUCCAGAAUCCUGUCCUGAGCCUUGUAACUCUAUCCUUGCAUGUGGACACCAAUGCUCUGGAACUUGUGGAAGAUGUCGACGAGGAAGACUACAUCUGGUAUGUCAGCAGCCAUGUGGUCGGACGCUUGUCUGUGGUCAUUCUUGUGAAAGUAAUUGCGCAGCCCAGUGCCCUCCCUGCACUAAAAAGUGUCAAAAUAGAUGUCAGCACAGCGAAUGUCGGAAGUUCUGCGGAGAAGCUUGCAUACCUUGUAAGGAGCCUUGUCUGUGGCGAUGUCCUCAUGUGUCUUGUGGGAGGUUAUGUGGAGAACAUUGCGACAGAAAGCCAUGUGAUGAACCCUGCAACAAGAAUCUUCCUUGCGGACACCCCUGCAUUGGAAUGUGCGGAGAAAGAUGCCCAACCAAGUGCCGUGUGUGCGACAGACAAGAAGUUACAGAGAUUCUCUUCGGUAGCGAGGAUGAAGAAGAUGCAAGGUUUGUCCAGUUAGAGGACUGUGGCCACGUAAUCGAGGUGGAGGCUUUGGAUCACUAUAUGAGCAUAACCCAAGAGAGCAGCGAUGACGUCACUAUCCAGCUGAAAGGAUGUCCCAAGUGCAAAACGUCAAUUCGGAGGAAUCUUCGCUACGGGAAUACCAUCAAGCAAACUCUAGGAGAUGUGGAGAAUGUGAAGACGAAAAUGAGAGGAAGUGAGGUGGAGAUCGAGAGCAAGACGAAGGAGCUCAGGGAUAAAUUGUCUCAACUUCGAAGCCAUGUGGCUUGUAGACAUAGAUUUAUUGAUUUUAUUUAUGUUCAGAAACUUAUCGGUGAUCUGAAUCAGAGGAAACAUCUCGAGAAGAUACUUGCUCGCCUGAACAGAUGUGCCUUCUUGCGGGCAAUUGUAGAUGUCCAUAACAAGGUAUCCACUGGUAAUAGUUUCACGUUUCAGUUGAAAACUCGAAAGCAUGGGAUAGAAGUGCGACUGCGAGAGCUGAAGAACGAAGUCACUGGGGGCGAGCUGGACAAGUUCACGGAUCAGCAGAUGAACGAUAUACAGAGGGAGGUCUCUCGGGUGAGUGUCCAGGUAGAGGCCAUGGCGGUUCUCACUCGCAACAUGACAAGGUUGAGUCAAAAUAUGAACAGUUGCCAUCUGAAAGCUUUGGACAAAAUCGUCGACAAGGCUUCCCCUUUUACCGUCAAGGAUGAAGCUCAGGCUACUCAGCAUCUCCGUCAGUUUAAGAGGGAGAUGGGGCAAGUAGCGCUCGGCAUCACUGAUAGAGAACGCGUUCAGAUCAUCAAAGCCAUCGGUCUUAGUCAAGGACAUUGGUACAAAUGCCCCAAGGGUCAUGUCUAUGCCAUUGGGGAAUGUGGGGGCGCUAUGGAAGAGACCAAGUGUCCAGAAUGUGGAUCGCAUAUUGGUGGAGGGAGUCAUCGUUUGACCUCCGGUAACCGAGUAGCUACCGAGAUGGAUGGAGCUACCAGAGCGGCAUGGCCGACUGGUGCCUUCGGCUAUGAGGACUAUGAGGAGGAAGAAGAAGAAUACGAACCGGAGGAACUUGAGUUCGAUCAGGAAGAUAUUGAAGAACAGUUUGAAAUUGAAAGGCAAAUCAGGGAAGACCAGGCCAGAGAGGAAAGGAGAAUGGCAGAAAAUGUGAGGCAAGAAAGAGAAAGACUCGCCGCGGGGAUCCGGGCAAGACUGGAAAGAGACAGACUUGCCGCGGAGAACAGGGCAAGACAGGAAAGAGAAAGAUUUGCCGCGGAGAACUGGGCAAGACAAUUAGAAAGAGACAGACUUGCCGCGGAGAACAGGACAAGACAGGAAAGAGAGAGACUUGCCGCAGAGAACAGGACAAGACAGGAAAGAGAGAGACUUGCCGCAGAGAACAGGACAAGACAGGAAAGAGAGAGACUUGCCGCAGAGAACAGGACAAGACAGGAAAGAGAGAGACUUGCCGCUGAGGACUUGACAAGACAAUUCAGAAGACUCGCCGCCGAAAGAGAGGCGCAAAUGCACGCACGAAACAAAAGUGAUGAAAAAUGUAUCAUUUCUUAAAAGCUCUUUGAAGGGAUAUAGAUAUCAGUCGAAAGUUAAAAAAAAAUGUGAGUUAUCUGAAUAUGGGCCUCAAAUCGGAAGGUCAACGUCGAGUCGACUCAAUUGUCCAUUCGAAAUAUUUCUUUCACGCUUGUAAAAUUUUCUUUCAUUUCAGCGGCCAACCCUCCCCCUCUAAAAUUACAGAUGAAAAAUCUACAGUUGAAACUUCAGAAAGAGAAAUUAUUUUCUUGUUGACAUGUGGUCAUCUAUACUAUCAGUAAAACGAAUUUUGUUCGCAAUUUCUCUGAAUUAGAUGAGAAGGCCUAAUUGCUGUCUUUCAAAAUAUAAAAACAAAUGUAAAUACAUUAUUAUCUCAGCUGCCACUGACUGUUUACCCUCAUUCCAGAGGUCAAAAUAUGAUUAUUGACAGUCGUUGAUCGGGGGUGGAGGCAUGCAUUUUUUCUUCCGUUUGUCUCGUCAGAUUUUUAAGAGAAAAAUAUGAAAAUGAAUUACAAUGAUAACCCCUCCUCCUUUUUUUUUUUGGGGGGGGGGCUUGGCAUUUGGGGCGCAAAGUAGGUCCUUUUUCAUCCUUUUGGCAGCAGUAGGUAUAAUCCAUGAAAUUAACGAAAUUUAUUUGAUUCGCCCCUCGAUCCCUAUUAUGAAGUUUUGUAAUUGUCGCUGACUGAUCAAUUCAAUUUUCUUCUCUCUAGUUAAAUUUCACAAAAGGGCCUCAAAAAUUAGAUAUGAAUUAUUUCAACCAAGUUAUUACACGUGGCAUAUAGCCACCUCCAUUUUUUAUUCUCUAUUUGCUUUAAUCAACGAGUGAACUUCUUUCAACUGUUAAGAAAUUUAGUUAUUGAAAUUUCGUUACAGAUUUAUCCAACGAGAAACACGGAAAUAAUUUUACGAGGGAUUGUUUGUUCACUGAAUAGUAAAGAGUACUCAUGGCAGUAUGGCCAAGAAAAGUGAUAUAAAGAAAAUUAUAAUUGGGAUAGUGUCGAAAAUAGGUCUAUCUGACGGCCAAUUGGAUCGGGGUCACCCUAGCCCCUAACCCGUCUCUGUGGUCUAGUGGUUAAGACCUCGGCGUUCAAAGCUGGGGGCCCGGGUUCGAUUCCCGGCAGAUACAUUUUUUCGGCAUCAACAAUUUUUCCAAAAGGGCAGAUAGCUCUGGGGAACCUUAAUUUAAGCUACGCCUACCUUUGUUCUCUUUAUCCACUUCUUUCACAAUAUAUAUAUAUAUAUAAUACAAAAUGCAUAAUUAUGUUCAUAUUCAGACUACCAAACUGCUCUUUAUUGAUAAGAUCUUGAUAUUAUUUGUGCGAUAAAAUGGCAUUUUAUGCAUUAGACAUGCAAUAUAAUUGUGCUUUUUAUGUACGUCAUUGUAAACCUCUUUUUUUACUGUAUCAAAUACUUGAAGUAUCUGGGCCAGUAUCAUACAUCAAUGGCUGGGAUUAUGUGAUUGCUGUUUAUCAUAUAUUUUAAGUAAGGUCCCACUGUCCCACAUGCAUUGUGAAUGGGAAUCGGUUAUUAUCAACCAAAUUGUUGGUUUCUCCUUUUUUUAACCAGCACAGAUAUUUCGAUAUUUUGAAGAACAGGGAAGCGUUUCAUCAACAUUUUUGUCUGACACAUUGUCAGAUCUGACAACUUUCCUUGAAUUUGAUUGGCUUAGAAGCACUGGUUACUAUGGUAACUGUGGAAUAAAAACUUGUCGGAUAAAACACCCGAAGUCCUUGUACGAAACGCUCCCCAGCUAGGUGACUCCGCCUGAGUUAGUCAAUUUGAUAUAAUGCCGAUUAGUCGGAAUGAACAAGGGUUCCGACCAUGGCCCUGGUAACGAUUUUUUUUUUCACUGAGAGUGCUGAUGUAAAUUUG